GCCGCCGAUUAAAUUGCUCGGCGGAGGUCUUUUAUUUACAGGCAAGCUAAAUAAAUGUUUCUGUAAAGAAGUUACUAAAAUAAUAUUCGGUUUUUUAAAUUUUGCAAUCAAAUUAAAUAUAAAAUGCUAAAAGUAUUUUCACUACCAACUGACAUUACACCGGCCACUAAAACCAAAUGUGGAGAAAUAUAUUAUCAUAGUUUCAAUGAUUUCACGAUUUUUUGUACAUUUUGCCAAAUGAAAUCCUUUCAAUUCGAUGAUUUCCUGCAGCACCUACAAAAUGUACACUUGGAGAAUAGUGUCGUACACAAAAAAGUAUUUGACAAUUAUUUGGAGUUGGAUAUAAAAAAUGAAACGAUAUUGCAGGAAAAAUCGGAAGAAGAGGCAAUGUGGGAUGAGGUGGCAUCUAAUACGGAACACAGUGAAAAUGAGGAUUGUGUUAAAAGUAGUGAGGAGGAAAAACUAAUGGUUUUAAAGCAAACUAAAAGAAAAUUAUUAAAGAAAAAGAAAUGUAAACGAAGCCCACCAGAUAUAAAAUAUGAUGAUGAAUCAUGUUCAGAUGAGCCGGAAAUUAAGAAAAAACGUCGAAAAGAUAAGGCUGAAAGCUGUCCAAACUCUAAGAAAAAACAUAAAGAGGUGGAUUACACUUGCACAGAAUGCAGUGAAAUAUUUUCACAGAAAAAAUUUCUUGAUCAUCAUGUGGUAGAGCAGCACAAUGGCUACAAAUGUUCGCUAUGUGAUAAACGUUUUCGUCGUAGCGCUCAUGUGACCGAUCACAUGAAAACCCACACCAGCGAAAAGAACUAUAUAUGUCCCAUGGAAAAUUGUGGCCGGGGUUUUAUAGAUGAGGUCUAUCUUAAACGUCACUUGGAGGUGCAUACCAUGGAACGUACCUUUAUAUGUGAUUAUGAGAAUUGUGGCAAAGCGUUUCAAACCCAUAGACGCUUAGCCUCCCAUAACUACACACACCGGGUACCAAAGAAAUUUGUAUGUGAUAUGUGUGGCCAUAGUUGUCGCUCAAAAACCGAACUGAUAACUCAUCAACGUGUGCAUACGGGCGAAAAGCCCUUUCCCUGUGAAGUGUGCAGCAAACCUUUUAUAUCCAAAACAGCUCUAACAGAACAUAUGAUUUCACAUUCAGAAACCCGACCUCAUGUAUGUCCGGUGUGUAAUGCGGCCUUUGCCAAUCGCCGAGUAUUGGUGCGUCACAGUUUUAUACAUUCCGAUGAGAAAACCUUCAAGUGUAAACUGUGUGCAAGUGCUUUUAAACAUCCAAAUUCUCUGCAGGGUCAUAUAAGGAAUGUACAUCGUGAACCUAAAGUGAAGGAAAAUAAAAAGCUGGCAGAUAUGUCAAGUUAAUAAAUAUGAAAACCAAUUGGUAUAAUACAAA